UGAAAAUUCCCAGCUCAAUUCUGGGCCAAACUUAACAAUUUCAAACCGUGGAGACUCUUCUCCAUCACCAGAUGCAACUCUUCUCCAAAAAUCAACAGCUUCCACCGUGGGAAUCACUCCAAAUGAUCUACUAAAGAAUGAAGGCAGCUCAUAGGUGGCCGGAAAUGGAACUCCAAUCGGUCAAAUUGAGAAUGAUUGGUACCAAAAGACGCGCAAGGAAGAGAGUAACAACAUUGAACCAUCAAUUUUAUAUGGGUACUAAUCCACAAUUUCAAUUUUACGAUCUCUCCACCUAGUCAACUCAAUUCCACCAGGUGCUCGACAAUAUGUCACCCUUCCCUCUGGGCCAAUUGGAAUGCUCCAACCUAAUUCAAAGGCCCCUACACUUCCUAAGGAGCAGGUUGUUCUCUCCUAUAAACUACCUACCCCUUUGCUAGAGUUUCAGAGUGUGGUAUUAGCCCUUCUGCUCAUUCUCCUGGAACUCCAGCAAAGAAUUGUUGUAGGUUAUCAGGAAAAAGGUCUUCAGGCAUCCUCCAUGAUGAAUCAGCUAAUAUGUCUCUUGGGAGUGGUAUCAACAUCUUGGAUGUUCAAUCUCCUGAAUACAUGUCAACUGCACAUUCACCCUUCCCAAACAAAGAUGAAAAAACUGGAAGAAAGGCAGCCAGCUUCCCACAAGUAUGAGAGGUUUUUCUACAAGGUUAGUUAUCAUCCAAAUGACAUGGUUUUUAGGAGUGGUAUUAGCAUUUACAAUGCUCAUUCUCCUAAAACCAUGCCAUUCGAUGCUCAAUCAACAACCCCAUAG